AUGGGAGCACUUGAAACGAUCAAAUUUCGGGAUUGCAAAUCCACAUUCAAAGUCGAUCGAGUGGCUGUUGAUGGAGCACGGGUGGAUUCGAAAGACGGGAAACAGAUCCUCAUUUUCAAGGCCGACUCAAACCCGAAAAUGCAGAUCACAUUCACGCCAAAUGCCGAUGUUUCGUCGGAGAUGGGCACUGCGGUGAACGCGAAAAUGGACACCGGUUUGUUCAAAUGGAGUCUACCCGAUGCGAACGCGUGUAGUUUUAUGACAUGCCCAUUGAAGAACGGCGUUUCGACGACAUAUGAACAGAGUUUUCAUCUCAAAGCUGAGUAUCCAAAGGAUCAAACGAUCCAAGUGAAUUGGGUGAUUCAAAAAGCCGGCGGUGACACGAAAGAAAAUUGCAAGUCGAAUUUCAAGGUGAUCUCUUUGGAAAUCGCUGGCGCUGAGAUGAUCGAAGAAAACGGUCACCACAUCACUCUCCUCAAAAAGGGAACUCAUCCAAAAAUUCGGAUCCGAUUUGAGCCAGACGUGAACUUGUCAAAUUUGAAAACGGAAGUGAACGCGAAAAUGGACGGAGCGCUUUUGAGAUGGAAUAUGCCUGAGACAAAUGCUUGCAAAUUCAUGGAUUGCCCACUUGUUGAAGGAGAGGAAACCGUUUAUGAGCAGAGCAUUCAAAUCAAGAGUGAAUAUCCAACGGGUAAAACGAUUCAAGUGAAUUGGGUGAUCGACGGUGACCGACAGGACAUCCAUCACGAUAUUUGCAUCAUUUUCCUCGCUCGAAUUCAACAU